AGUUGUUGAUCUGUUAAGUUCUUCAGAACUCUUGAAGUCAGCAUUUGAAUAUGGAACCUAAGGGCCACCAUGCUUAAUCCUUGUGUUUCUUUUUCAGAUUAGUAUAGAGUUGUCAGUGAAAUAAUUUUGGUACAAUUGGUUUCUGAACUGCAACUCUUAAGCACAAUUUGAAUUCUCAAUCUUAUUAGUUAUUACAACAUCUGCCAUUUCGUGCUUGAUCUUGGUAGAAUAGUCAGGCUCCACUCGAUUUUGUCACGAAGCCCUCUUAGUUGCUCUAAAAUGCCUCCAUAUGUUGCUCAGAAACAGGCCCUCUCGUGGAAUUAUCAUAUGAAUCAAGCAUGACAUUGCUCUUGUUUGGCCAUUGUUGUGAAUCCUCUAUCGAGGUAUAUGUCCAGCCUUCUCUUUUCGUUGUUGGAUUAUAAGAGGAAGAAUAGGUACAUCCUGGAGCUAUCUUUUCAAAUGCGAUUUACGUUGUGUGUUCAUAGUAUUGAGAAUUUGGUGUUAAUUGUUGUAACUUUGAUAAUGAAGUUCAGCUACUAUGCACAAGCCUUGUCUAUGAACACUGUGUGUGAUCUCAUCUUCUUGACAUGGUUCUGCAAAAUAUGAGUGCUUAAUCUGUUAAAAGAACUCUGCUCCUGCUCUCAAAAGAUUUUAUAGUAUUGAGAAUUUGGUGGUAUUAUUCUUUGUAAAUUGAUAAUGAAUUUGAGCCCCGAUGCAUAAGUUUUGUCUAUGAACACCUUGUUUGAUCACAUCUUUCUUGUAAAUGGUACUGGGGAAGUAAGAGGCUUAGGUUAGGUAGUUGAAUCCAAUGUGGUCACAGUAUUUGAUUCUGAUUCUGCCUCGAUAUCGAAUCCACGCUUCCACUUGUUGCCCUUUUUGAAUUCCAGUUGAUUGUUGUGGAAUUUAAUUAGGUUAAUUCUCAGAUCAUGGAUGGAUAGAAAUGGUUUUGAAAACAAGAGUUGGGAUUAGAGCCACAUGGGCAAGAAGAUGGAGGGACUGGGUUACAUUUGGUUGUUGUGUCUGCAUGAAGCCAUGAGUCCUUGUGUACUAUUUUGGUUACGGGUAACCAAGAGGUUGAAUAAAGUUAUGACCUUACUGCAGAGGAGAGUUCAUAUGCCCCUGCUCAAUACUUCAGUUGGCUCACAUCUCUGUUGGCUUUUCGGGGUAAUUUUUGGCUUGGAUCUUGGGUGGUAGUCUUGUGUUCCAAUAUUGCUAAAUUCCAUCUUCUUUGUUAGGGUGCUAUAGUCUUCAUAUGUCCCUGCUCAAUUCUUCAGUUGGUUCACAGUUCUGUUCACUUUUCGGGGUGAUUUUUGGCUUGGAUCUUGGGUGGUAGUCUUGUGUUCCAAUAUUGCUAAAUUUGUUAGGGUGCUAGAGUCUGUCAGUUUUAGUAAUUGAUGCUCUACUCUUCUCUGCUAGGCAACCAGAGCUGUGAUUAGUUUCACUAACUGCGUUAGUGGUAAAAGCAAGGUUUGAUCUCAACAUCAUUGGUUAGUGCGCACUUCACAAUGGAGUUGACAAAGUUGCCCACCGGAUGUUUGCCUUCAUCCUUGUCUGGGUGUUCUUUCCUGUUUGAUGGUGUAACUUGUGAUGACUUAGCAUCUCAACGUGAGGUAUAUUAACUUGUGUACAUUUGCUUGUAGAUAAGUAUCGGCCACAAACAGGUGAGUGACUCCACAUGGCUAUUAUUAUAGUUGUUGUCCUCCAAUAUCGUUAACCGUAUCUGAAUGUGAGGGUGGUACAGUGCCGAAAAAGAGUUGCCUUGGGUGCAGAUCCGUUGGUGAUAAUGAUUGGUAAGCUUAGAGCAUCAAUCCCCCACUAAAUAUAUUUGUUUCACAAUUCUCUAUUGAUGCUUCUACUGCGGUCUUAGAAGGUGGUUGUGCUUGGUCGUGAUCUGCUGUUGUCAUUGAGAAUUAGCAGCCGAAGUGAAUAUGAUAUCGUUGAUUGGAUGACUGGCUUCAACGAAUUUUCUUGGGCUGGAGCUGGUUAAGACUUUCUGCUCAAAGUAUUCUAUCAACUAUUCCAAUUUCUCUCGGAUUAUUAUUGACUCGGUGAAAUAAUUUUGGUACAAUUGGUUUCUGAACUGCAACUCCUUGGCACAAUCUGAAUUCUCAAUCUUAUGAGUUAUUAUAACAUCUGUUCCUUUUGUGCUUGAUCUUGGUACAAUAGUCAGGAUCGGCUCGAUUUUGUCACGAAGCGGGCCCUCUUAGUUGCUCUGAAAUGCCUGCAUAUGUUGUGAUUUUGGCCGUGGAAUAUGGAGUCAGUUUCUAGUGCUUUCUUUUGGUAUACUUGGUCUGCUGUUGCUGUUGUGCCCGUGCAUGUGAUGAAUCUUUUCCUCUGAAUCUUGUUUUGUUGAGCUUGUACAUUGCAGUGCAGUGUCAAAAAUAGCAACGUGAACAUCUGUUUCCUGAGGAUCACCUUACCAUGGGUGUCAUUGGUCCUGUCAUUUUACCUGGUCUGACGUUCUUACCGACUAUCGAUGUGUUCAGCAGCUGUCUAGUUCGUUGUGCUCGUGGAGAACUCGCGCCAUUAAGCGAGUAUUAACCGUUGAUCGAGAAAAGGUGGGCAUGACAUACUCGUUGAUAACCUUUCAGGCGUGGAUCCAAGCACAAAAGAAGGUUAUAGAGAACACCACAGCUAUGAGAUGGGCGCGCGAUCGUAAAAGAGACAUCGACUUGUAUACAUUCAAACACUUAUUGGUUAAUGUGGACAUUUGGCUUGAAAAAUAUGAUGCUCCCAGUAGGGUAUGAGCCUCUAUCUGUGAACAUUAGCGUACAGUUUGUGGCAGCUAUGGAACCAUUUCCCGGUCCUCGAUUGUCUAAUUUGCAUGCCAUUAUAUGCAUAUACAGAAUAAGUAGAAGAGAAAGUAGAUUGCUUGUUAAGAUUGGGUUCAUUCUAAUCUCGUUGGUCAUGCUCAUGGUGGAAGCUUUACCAAUUGACUGAGUUCCUGUUUCUGACGGCUUUUUUAUAUAUUACAUUUCUCAUUUUACAUUUGGACGCAAUAUCGAUUAUGACAAUCGCAAUCGAAGAUGUUAAAAAUAAACCAUAACUAGGGUUCUUAAAGAAAAUAUAAUUAGGUUACGUGACCAAAUGAGGCAAUGACCAGAAUGUAUCUUUGCCUACCAACAAUACCAUAUCCCUUCAUACUUUUGCGCUGGUGGUUUUGCUCGAACAGCAAGCUUAGGCAAUGGAGAUGGGCUGUGUCUGGAUAAGGCGAAUGCGAUUCGCCGGACCCAACUCUAACCUGGUAUUCAAACAGCCUCCGUCACCCUCCUCCUCCUCUGCGACUGCUACCCUUGCUCUUCAUAACCCUCAGAUAACCUUGCCGCCGGGACAACCACAUAACCUCACCCUCAAUUUCACUCCCAGCCUCCGCUUCUUUUCAAACACGGCCUUCUCCUCGCCGCAUUCUUCAGUUUCAGGGUCUCCAAAAAGUUCAGCCGGGGACGCGGGACCUGGUGACGCCGGAGCUAAUUUUCCGGGCGAUGGCUCGAAGGUGCUCCUCAAGGAAAUGAGAUAUUCUGAACUCGAAAAGUGGGUUCAGUCCCAUGGAUUCAGACCUGGUCAGGCUAUGAUGCUGUGGAAGCGGUUGUAUGGCUUGAACAACAUCUGGGCACACUGUGUUGACGAAUUGGAAGGCUUGAACAAGGACUUCAAGAAGUUGUUGAGUGAGCAAGCUCAAUUGAAGGCUUUGACCUUGCAAGACAUUGUAACUGCGUCUGAUGGAACCAGAAAGGUUUUGUUCAGGUUAAAUGAUGGACUAGUUAUAGAAACAGUUGUGAUACCAUGUGAUAGAGGUAGGACGACGGUUUGUGUUUCAAGUCAGGUGGGCUGUGCUAUGAAUUGUCAGUUCUGCUACACUGGCAGGAUGGGUUUGACGAGACAUCUGACUACAGCUGAGAUAGUAGAGCAAGCUGUAUUUGCAAGGCGUCUACUCACAAGUGAAGUUGGUUCCAUCACUAACGUUGUCUUCAUGGGAAUGGGAGAACCUCUUCAGAACAUUGAAAAUGUAAUCAAAGCAGCUGACAUAAUGGUGGAUGAGCAAGGACUUCAGUUUAGCCCUCGGAAGGUCACUGUUUCUACAAGCGGGCUUGUUCCCCAGCUCAAACGGUUUCUCCAUGAAUCCAACUGCUCUUUGGCUGUCAGUCUAAAUGCAACUACUGAUGAGGUAAGAAACUGGAUCAUGCCAAUCAACCGCAAGUACAAUAUCAGCUUGCUUCUCAACACCCUGCGACAGGAGCUUCAAUGCAAGCACAAGUACAAAGUGCUGUUCGAGUAUGUAAUGCUUGCUGGGGUAAACGACAGUGUUGAGGAUGCAGGGAGGCUGAUUGAUCUAGUUAAAGGUAUUCCAUGCACGAUCAAUCUCAUUCAGUUCAAUCCUCACUGUGGCUCCCAAUUCAGACCAACCAGCAUAGACAAAAUGAUCGAGUUCCGUAAUCUGCUAGCACAGGGCAAAUGCUCAGUGUUCUUACGACAGAGCAGAGGUGACGACCAGAUGGCUGCUUGCGGCCAGCUGGGGAAGCCCGGGACGUUCCAGGCUCCUGUCCUCCGAGUCCCUGAAAAGUUCCAGAUGGCUGUAGCCAAUGUAUUACAGUGUGAGCGGCGUUCCCGCAUACCGCAGCCGAGGUCGUCGACGACAAUGGGAGCUUCCUCCAACGGCGGUUACUGCGCCUCCAACUAUGCGUCUUACUGCCAGAAUCGCAGAUUCUCGAAGGAAGUACUCGACAACGUCCAUGGCACCAUCUAUUUGGACCCGCUUGCUCUGAAGUUCGUCGAUACUGAACAAUUUCAGAGGCUUCGGGAUCUCAAGCAGCUCGGACUAACAAACACGGUAUACCCUGGAGCAGUGCACUCUCGGUUCGAGCACUCCUUAGGUGUAUACCAUCUGGCUGGGGAAGUAGCCUACCGUCUUAGAGCUCAGCAGGAUCCGGACUUUCCCGUUGAGGAUUUUGAUAUAAAGACCGUGAAGCUUGCCGGAUUACUGCAUGAUAUCGGACAUGGACCAUUCAGCCACACGUUUGAGCGUCAAUUUCUUCCCCGAUUUCUUAGUGGCGCCCCAUGGUCUCAUGAGGACAUGUCUAUCAGCAUGAUAGAUUACAUUGUGGACAAACACCACAUUGACAUUGAACCAGAAUGCCUAAAGAAAGCAAAGGAUAUGAUUGUCGCAAGUACUGAGCAUGGUUCACGCAAUAGUCCCACUGAGAAGCAGUUUCUUUAUGACAUUGUUGCAAACGGCCGGAAUGGAGUAGAUGUUGACAAGUUUGACUACCUUGUUCGGGAUUCACGGGCUUGCGGAGUUGGCUGUGGUUUUAUGUUCCCAAGGUUAAUGGGAUCCAUGAGGGUUUUGGGUGAUGAGAUUUGUUACCGUGCCAAAGAUUAUCUCACGGUCUACAAGCUGUUUUCUACUCGAGCAGAAAUGCACCGCACAGUCUAUACACAUGCUAAAGUGAAGGGGAUAGAACUCAUGGCUGUUGAUGCCCUAUCCAAAGCAAAUGAGGCCCUUGGAAUUGCUGACGCUGUUCAAAACCCUGGAGAGUUUUGGAAGCUGGAUGACACAAUAUUGAAAAGAAUCGAAGUUGACGAAAGACCAGAACUCAAAGAGGCCAGAGAGUUGGUCCUACGCAUCAGAAGAAGAGAUAUAUACCAGUUCUGCAAUGAGUUUGCUGUUCCUAAGGAAAAGCUAGACCACUUCAAUGACGUCACUCCACAGGAUAUUAUAUGCUCCCAGAAAUCUAGUGAUGUUACACUGAAAGAAGAAGAUAUUGCCGUGAGCACUGUCCAGAUUGACUUAACCCGUGGAAGUUCCAACCCUCUUGAGAGCGUUAAGUUUUUUCAGGACCACGACAGCAUGGACAAAUUCACGAUACCAGUGGAGCACAUCAGUCACUUAAUCCCUGCUGUUUGCCAAGACAAGAUCGUGAGAGUGUACGCCAAGAAACCUGAACUGGUGGAGGCAGUUUCACAGGCCUUUGAGAACUUCCAGAUGACUACAUAUGGAGUGAAAGGAAUACUUGCGACUCCUGAGAAGAAGAAGAACCGCAAAAGGUUGUUCCCGUACUGACGAAAAUCGCCCUCCCCCCUCUUUCAGGAACUACAUAAAUGAUUUCAUGAUCGUAUUGGUACGUUUAGAUAACAUCAACAAAUAGGAAAUUUUGCUAUGCUGAGCAGUAGCCUACUCAGAACUGUACGUACUCGAAUGAGACCAUAGUAUAUACACUUGGUUUGACAAAGUAGCCAAAUGGUCCAACACCGCAUGUCAAGUAAAGGAAAUUUCUUAGAUGCAUUAGGCCUGUAAAGAAAGUGCAUCGGCCACCAUUUUGGAUGUUACUGUGUUUUGCUUUACGGAAUCAUAUUGUAGAAGAUGAAGCAUGACUUUUGGUUGUAGCUGUUUCCCCCCUCUGUCUCUCAUUUGGGAGCCUGUUUGUAUGAAGGUAUCUUGAACUCUUCUGGGUUAUUGACCUAAUUUUGAUAUCCUGUUCAAUGUUAUUUUCUUCUUUUUCUGACUCAUCACUAACGGUUUGUUGACGCAGAAAGACAAGGCAAGGUGUGUUUAUUAAAUGUCGUGAAUUGAA